GUCAUCAACAUGUAUGGCCAGGUUCAAGGCAGGUUCAUGGUCACUUUGAGACCAGCGCCCGAUCAAGGUCAAGGUUUGUCAUUCCAAAAAGACGAAUACUGGUAGUGGUACAUAUUAAUUGACCGUUCAAAGAAAAGGUUCUUCAAGUUGUUAUUGUUAAAAGUCACCUGAAGACAAACAAGAGUUGAAACAAAAUGUCUGAUAAUGAAGAAGAACCCUUUAUGGAAGUCCAUGAAAUAGUGACUCAAAAACUUGGUCAUGUUCCGGUCGCUAAAGGAGACUUUCAUUUCCUUCCAAAGAAAGUACAGAGAUGGGUCAUACAUUCUGUGAAUAUGUGUCAACCCAGGGCUAUUUAUAUCUGUGAUGGAUCUCAGCCAGAGGCGGAUGAAAUAAUACACAAGCUGAUGGAGAGAGGAACACUAACACAACUUAAAAAAUAUGAGAAUUGUUACCUUUGUCGAACUGAUCCAACUGACGUUGCUAGAGUGGAAUCUAAAACCUGGAUUACUACACCAGAUAAAUAUGAUACUGUACCACAUGUCAGAGAGGGAGUUAAAGGUAUUCUAGGUCAGUGGAUGGGACCCAAAGAAAUGCAGACAGAAAUAGAUUCUAGAUUUCCUGGUUGCAUGAAAGGAAGGACAAUGUAUGUAAUACCAUUUAGUAUGGGACCAAUUGGUUCACCAUUAAGUAAAAUAGGUGUUCAAUUAACCGAUUCAAACUAUGUCCUACUCUGUAUGAGGAUCAUGACAAGAGUAGCACCUAAAGUCUGGGAAAUUAUGGGCAAUAAUGACUUUGUGAAAUGUCUUCAUUCUAUGGGUUGUCCUCGGCCAGUUCAGAGAAAAGUUGUCAAUCAUUGGCCGUGUAAUCCUGAGAGGGUUAUUAUCGCUCAUUUCCCCGAAGAAAGGAAAGUCAAAUCUUUCGGCAGCGGUUAUGGAGGAAAUUCUCUUCUGGGUAAAAAGUGUUUUGCUUUGCGGAUUGCCAGUGUUAUAGCUCGUGAUGAAGGCUGGAUGGCAGAACAUAUGUUGAUUAUGAGUGUAACAGACCCGAGAGGUAAAGAAACAUUUAUAUCAGCAGCCUUCCCUAGUGCCUGUGGUAAAACUAAUCUAGCUAUGAUACAACCAACAUUACCUGGUUAUAAAGUUCAAUGUGUUGGUGAUGAUAUUGCUUGGAUGAGAUUUAAUGACAAAGGAGAACUGAGGGGAAUUAAUCCGGAAAAUGGUUUCUUUGGAGUUGCUCCAGGAACAAAUUUUAAAACCAAUCCUAAUGCCAUGAAAAGCUUCCAGAAGAACAGCAUCUUUACAAAUGUUGCCGAAACAGCUGAUGGAGGAUAUUACUGGGAAGGUCUUGAAGAUGAAACUGAUAAGAAUAUGAGUAUUACUACAUGGUUAAAUCAGGAAUGGCGUAUUGGUAAACCUGGCAAUGCUGCCCAUCCGAAUGCUAGAUUUACAUGUCCUGCUAAUCAGUGUCCUAUAAUACAUCCUAAAUGGGAAGAUCCUGAAGGUGUUCCAAUCAGUGCCAUUAUAUUUGGUGGCAGAAGACCAGUAGGUGUACCACUUGUAUUAGAAUCAUUUGACUGGGAUCAUGGUGUUAUGAUUGGUGCAUGUGUUAAGUCAGAGGCUACAGCUGCUGCUGAACAUACUGGUAUGUUUCCUGUAUGA